AUGGGGUUUGCCGUUUAUUUGGUUGCUCUUGUGAUACUUUAUGUUGGGUUCAACUUGAAAAAGAUUCUGAAAUUUGUGAAGGAGAGAAAAAGAUUGUAUGAGUUGAUGGAUAAAAUAGAUGGACCACUUGCGUUACCACUACUUGGAACAACUUUUCAAUUUAAAAUGGAUCCUGUCGAAUUUGCCAUGCAACUCUACAAUUGGGGUCUCGAAUACUCUGCAAAAGGAGCUUCUCUUGCCAAAUUCUGGAUGGGACCGUAUCCAAUGGUGAUCAUUUUGACUCCAGAGGCCAGUAAAAAAAUACUGGAAAGCAAUGUGUUGAUCAACAAAAGCAGUGAAUAUGAUAUAUUCCUUCCAUGGCUUGGAACUGGUCUUUUACUUGCAAGUGGAGAUAAAUGGAGAGGAAGAAGGAAAAUGAUGACUCCAUCUUUCCAUUUCAAUGUUCUUAUUGAUUUCCAAGCAGUUUUUGAUAAUCAGAGCAAGAUUCUACUGGAACAACUCGAAGAGGCUUUGAAGAAAGUAAAAGACAACACGAUUGAUGCUUUCCCUUAUAUCAAAAGAUGCGCUUUGGAUAUUAUUUGCGAAACUGCGAUGGGAACAACCGUCAGUGCCCAAACAAAUCAUACUCAUCCGUAUGUGAUGGCAGUGAAUGAAAUGAAUAGUUUGGCAUUUAAAUAUCAGCGAAUGCCUUGGCUUUGGAUCAAACCAAUUCGACAUUUAACUGGAUAUGAAGCAGAUUUCCAACGAAAUCUUGACAUCGUCACUUCCUUCACCAAAAAAGUUAUUGAAGAGAAACUGAAAGAACAUGAAGAAAAUGGAGGGAUUUCAGAAGUUGACAAGUCGAAAAAGGCGUUUCUUGAUAUGCUAAUUGAUAAAAAAGAGGAAGGUGGACUCGGGUAUGAAGAUAUUCGAGAAGAAGUAGAUACUUUUAUGUUUGAAGGACAUGAUACAACUUCAGCUGGAAUCGGAUGGUCUCUAUGGUGUCUUGCAAACAGUGCAGAAUAUCAGAAGAAGUGCCAUGAAGAAUUGGAUCAGAUUUUUGAAGGAUCCUCCAGAGAAUGUACUGUCGAAGAUCUCAAAAAGAUGAAAUAUCUGGAGAAAUGUGUAAAGGAAGCACUUCGAAUGAGACCUUCGGUUCCUCAAAUUGCAAGAUCCGUUGACGAAGAAUUUGAACUGGACGGAACAAUCAUUCCAAAAGGAUGUUCUAUUAUGGUAUCCCCAGCCUUCCUUCAAAAUAAUCCACGUACCUAUGCCAAUCAUGAAAUCUAUGAUCCAGAAAGAUUCAGUGAAGAGGAAAUCUCAAAAAGACAUGCAUAUGCAUACAUUCCAUUCAGUGCGGGUCCACGUAAUUGCAUUGGUCAAAAGUUUGCAAUGCAAGAGGAGAAAACAGUGAUCUCAUGGGUUUUACGAAAGUUCCAUAUUCACACAGACAUUGGAAUUCUGGAGAAUUUCCCACUUCCCGAGACAAUUACGAGACCAACGAUGGGAUUCCCAUUGAAAUUCACUGUUAGACAAUAA